UAGUUGGAACAUAUUAAAGUAAAAUGUGAAUUGAGUUAUAACAAAGUUGUAUUUUGAGUUCAAAUUUGAAAUGGGAACCAAAGAUGUUAAAACUGUCAAAAGUCAAAACAUAACCAUACAACUCUAACCUGUUCAAUUCUUAUGUGGCGGUAAAAUAGAAAUUUAGAGGAAUGUGAACGUUGAUUUCGGAUUUGUAUAAUUAUUUGAACAACAAUUUUUUAAAUAUAAGGAAUAAAAAUGUCAUCUAAUCUUGAAGAAGUUCAGAAUUGUACAAAUAUCUCGAUGAAUACAUUGAUUCUCGAUAAACCUAAUGAAAACAAUGAUAUUUCAAUCGUUGGUACAAAAGAAAAUAACGAACAAGAAAAAAAUCCCGGAGAAACUAAUUUUAAUAUUAUCUUUCCGAAUGCUCUAGAUGAAGAUUCCAGUGUAACGGGUUUAAAUGAUAACAUAGGAAGUGAUAAUGAAAAUGAGGACUUGGUAAAUUCAUUAAUCUCAAAAAAAAAAGUAAGGAAGGCUAUAUUUGAUAGCGAUUCUGAAAAUGAUGAUGAGGGUAGCAAUAUCGUAAAUUCAGAGUUGAAUUCUGAUAAUGGUGAAGAGGAAUCUCAGAUUGUUACCAGUAAAAAACUUAAAAGGAUAGCUUUCAUCAAAAGCGAUUCAGAACAUGACGAUGAAGAUAAUUCCAACCAGGAUUCUGGUGAAAAUGUUGUGGAAUACAAAUCUGUUGAUCAGAGUAGCAUAACGAUAAAUCAUUCUGAGAAUCAGAAAAGUAUUAUUUCUGCCUUAUGUGAUUCGGAAAGUUCUGAUGAAAAUAAUGAGGAAACACUGAAAGAGGAGGAAGGAGAUAUCUCUGAAACCGAACUAAGUGGUCUACAAAGUAAUGAGAUAAUAUCAAAUCCAAGAAAAAAGAAAUACAAACAGAAGUCUGAAGAUAAUGAGGAAAAAAUGACUGCCAAAAAAGCUCUUGAGCAAAGAAAAGAAAUACUUGCAGAAUCACAACGGAGAGUAAGAGAAUCAAAGGUGUCUUUACCAUAUCACAAGCCAAAGCCUAGAAGUCUUAAGGAAUUUUUACAGAAUCGUUCAAAAUUAGCAUCACCCUUAAGUGGUGUUUCUAAAAGUGGUUCCCCUUCUUUAUCUAUAAAAAUGAGUAUGAAGCAGUUAGAAAUAAUUACGCAAAAAAUGAAAGAAAGAGAAAAAGAGAUGGAAAAUUUUUAUAAAUCCGAAAGUGAAUCAGACGAAGAAGUACCAGAAGAUAAUCCAACAACUGCAAACUUCAAUGACAACAUUACUUCUGCUGCUGACACCAAAGAGAGUGAAAAUGGUUCUUCACUGAAAGAUGAAUUACCCAACACAGAGAAUAUACCCCAUGGAAAAUUAGAAAAAGAAGAUGCUGAGAAUGAAAUUGUUGGUGCAGAUGCUACACAAAAUGCAACUGAAAAUUUAUCUGAUCAUAAAUUAGAAGAAACAUUACAAACAGAAUGUGUAAUAGAAAAAGAUUGUAUAAACACUUCUACAGAACUGGAAAGUCUGAAAGAAAAUGAAAAAAAUGAGGUUUCUCUAAAUCAACCUACUGAAGAAUCAGAAAGUGAAGUAUUCAGAGAUGCAGAAAAUAGUAAUAGCUCAGAAAUUCUUACUACAAACAUUGAAGCCACAGAGGAAAUUUCAGUAAGCAGACCAGUUCAAGAGACGAAUGAUAAUAGGAAAAAAAAUGAUAAAAUUGUAUUAUUGUCCGACAUUCUUAUAAGGCCACCAAAACCUAGUGAAUCAACAAAUAAAUGGGAUCUAGAUGCUGAACUAUUGGAACUGGCUUCAGAAGUUAAGAAAGAUGAAACAGAUAAAUAUGAAAGUUAUGAAUUCAACUUAGACGGAAUUGAAGAUGAGUUUGACAAUGUGGAAAAUGGAAAAACAUUGAAAAAGGGGUAUAAAACUGAGGAUGAAUGGAAGAAAAGAAAAUCUGAAAUAUUGAAAAGAAUAGGUGAACUGAAACCAAGAUUGAGUGUUGGACCAAAUCAAGUAAUCGAUCUUGAGAAUGGUGUUGCAAUGCCUGAUGAUAUCUCUAAAUUGAGAGAAAGGUUCAUUAAACAUAACUUCAAGGCAGAAAAGCAUACACAUAAAAAAGAGAUGAGCAUUUUGAGUAUUGCUGGUGGACAAUUACACAAAGAAACAUUAUCUUUGAAAAUUGAUGAUAAUGUAGAUGAGGACAUGAUGCCUCUAGAAAAACCUGGUGUUCGAAUGCAAAAAUUACGUGAAACACUCCAACAUCAGAUGGCACAAAGACGCUCAAAUUUAUGGCAGGAGAAACUAACUAGUAAAAAUAAAAAAGAAAAUGUUGAUGGAGAUGAUGAUAAUGAUGAAAAAUCAGAGUGUGGUAAGGAAGAUAUAUUAGAUGAUGAAGAAGAGGAAGACUUCACAGAUCCAGAAGAGGAUGAUGAAGAAUUAGAAGAAAAUGACUGUGAUAUGUCAGAUAAAAAAAAAGUGAAAUCAGAUUUUUUCGAUGAGGAAGCUGAAGAAAGUGAAUUAGAAGAUAUUGUUGAUGAAGAAGAUGAAGUAGAAGUAAAUGGGGAAGAUAACGAAGAAAGCGAAGAAAUACAUGAAGAAGAUGAAGAAGCAGAUGUUGAAGAUAAUGAAGACAUUGUUGCAGAAAGUGUUACUAAAAAGAAAGUACUGAAAAGAAUUAUUAAAGCUUUUGAUGAAGAUUCAGAUGAAGAAAACGAAUCAAACAAAAUUGAGAAUAUAUCUAAGUCGAAGAUGGAAAAUAAAAUGAACUUUAAUACAGAUAGUGAAAACUUAUUGUCUUCGCUUCAGCCAGCCAAUUACGAAACUAGAGCACCUUUACCAUCUCCUGAAAAAUCAGAGGAACAUUUUUCAACACCUAUUACAUUUAUGACUGGUCUCAAAAAUUUGAACACCUCAGGUUCUAGGUUUGUACCACCUGAAAGUGUAAUGGAAGUAGAUGAAGAGGAGCUUCAUAGAUCUGAGAAUAAUUGUACAAGUGGCGAGAAUGACAAAGAAAUAGAUAAGUCCCAAGCACAUUCUCAGGAUGUACAAACAAAUCAAAUUUCUAGAGAAUCAAAUGAUUUGUCUACACAGGAUGUACUGAAUAUUUGUUCUGGUCAAUUUCCCAGCUCUGUGAAAUCCAUUUCAAGUCCAGAGAUAUCCACACAACAAUUGAAAGAAGUUUUUACUGGAAGCAUGAAAUGUUCUUCUGAUUUUAACACUCAGGAUGUCGAUGAUAUUUGUUCCGGAGGUUUUACAAGUGUUUCCCAAGUCGCUCAGGUACAAGACAAGGAGAUAGCUCUUGAUGAUAAUGAUGAACAUCUCAUAUCACAACUGAUUGAUGAAGACGAGUUGGAAAAUUUCAAAAAAAAAUUCGAGUCUCCGGGUGUUCCCAGCAAUAGGAAUAGUUUGAAAAAAAAUUCCAUUGAAGAAGUUGAAGAGGUGGUUGGAACAGGAGGAGUAAUAGAUUCUGAUGAUGAUGAUGAGACAGAACUGAAACUUCGAAAGAAAAAAAGAAAACGAUUGGCGUUCUCAGAUGAUGAAGAUAGUUCGAUGAGCGAAACCGCUCAAGAAGAAACCAUAGAUCUUCAGGACGAUGAGGAGGCAGGCAGUAAUGUAGAAUACGAUUCUGAAGAGAACGAAAUUGAAACUAAUGGGGAAAACAUAGUACCUGAAGGUGAUACAAAAGAAAAGAUGAAAGCUUCUGAUUUCUUCGAAGAAGAAGCAGAACUUUCUGAGUCUGAAUGGGGUAGUGAAGAUGAGGAUGAAAGAAACUUGGACGAUUUGGAAUUUGAAAAAGGAGACGAGGAAAAUUUCGAUGAGGAUCAAUUAAGAACUGAUAUCGAAAAAAUACAAAUGAAACAGAUGCUGGAUGAGGAUAAUCGUGAGGUAAAAUUGCUCCAAGAGUUGCUGCUUGAAGAUGGUGAAUUGCAUGGCACAGGAAGACAAAGGCAAUUCAAAUGGAAAAAUAUAGACGCAGCUAUAGAUGAUACAGAAGAAAAAAAGGAUGACGAUGAUUAUGUUUAUUUGGAAGAAGAUGAGUCUGAAGAACAAUGGAGAAAAGAGAGGCACAAGAGAGAAAUGAUGAAAUUAAAACACCAAUCCCAGGAAGAAGAUAGCCUGAUAAUAGAGAGCCAGUCAUUAUCUUUCACACAUAGAUCUUUGAAAAUCAAAAGUCAAACGUCAUUAGGUUCACAAGUUUCCUCAAGCGAAGCAGAUUCUAGUCCUAAGAUUAAGCAGCCAUAUACUUUACUGAAUAAAAGAGGUUCCUUUUUGAGUAGAGGGGAGAAAAUAUUACAGAAGAUAGCAGAAACAAGCAAGAUGCCGGUAACUACCAAAAACACCAACAGAAUUGUAUUCCAAACAGUUGAUGAGGACACCAAAAAGAGGAAAGCUUCGGCAGCAAGCUUAGGAGAUUCAACACCAGUGGCUUUGAAGAAAUUGAGGCUUGCAGGAAUGAGUCCUGGUUUGAAUAAGGACAAAUCUACGAUAAGCAAAUCACUGUUUGAGAAAAUUCUACAUUAAGAACUGAUAAUAUAAGUGACUUUAUAAUAAUAUGUAUAUUUAUGAAAUAUUUGAUAUUGUUUAUAAAAUUUUUAUUUUUUGAA